AGCACGAGACAGAACGUAGUCUUUACGCAUGCGUCGUGUUUAUACUACAAUACUUAGUUUGAAUGAAUAAGGAUUGGAAUUAUUGUUAUUUAAUUACGCGGAUAACAUGAUGUUUAAUGGACUUUUGUGUGAUUCGGAUUGCAAUUAUUAUUUUAAAGAAAGCAGCGGUCCGUCAAGCAUAGCGGACAGCGUGACGGGAGCGGAGCGUACACGUUGCCUACAGGACAAGCUACAUGCCACACUACAAAUUUUAAAGAACAAAGAGGAGACGGUAAAAGUUCAAGCGGAGAGUCUCGCACUGGCAGAGGCCCGUCUCUCUGCGCUCGCUAUUCGUACACAAAAACCAAACACACAUCGCGCCCUGCAAGUUCAACCGCUCCAAAAAGAAUCGGGAAACGGAUGUAAAGUGGAAAUGACUGAUGUCUCAGUAACUGCACACACACAGGAAGUGGAUGAAAAUGUGAUGGAAACGCUAAAGGAUAAGUUGUCUGUUGUCGAAGAUCUUUACAGAGAAUGCUUCUACGAAUCGGCAAAGCAAGAGCAGCUUUUAGAAAAUCACAGAGGAUCCUAUUUACAAAUGAGAUUGAGGGAGAAGGAGAAAGACAGCCACCUCUCAUGUCUCCAACAUGUUGUGGACACUCAGCGAGCGUCCGCUUUUGCAUAUCAGGAUAUUGCAUCAGAAGUGGACCAUUUGAAGGCGGAAAUAUCAAAUUUCUUAAAUAACUCCAAUAAUGACUCGGGCAUGUGGGAAAGGACCGAAGAUUGUGACAUCACGACUGACCUCCGACAUAUCGCUGAACAACUACAUCGACUUCAGGAUAUGCUAACCGAGGACUGUUCCUGUGGUUUAUAUGAAGAGAACAGAAUACUGAAGCGUGCAAAUGAAACUAAUGAAAGGGUGAUUGAUGAACUUCGUGAAAGAAUUAGUAAAUUAGAAGACAAUCUUGAAAAUAAGGAAAAUUCUGACCAGCGCUACGAAACAGUCGUUGCCGAAAAGGAAGAUGAGUUACGUAAAAUAAGAAAUCAGUUAAACAGCUUAGAGAACACUUCGCAGCGUUCAUGUUGCUGUGACCAACUGUCUUUACAAUUGCAACAAGUUCAAGGGUCCUUGAAUGAUAAAACGGUGGAGAUGGUGCAAAUGCAACGGAGGUAUGAAGAACAAAACUUGACUAUCUUCCAACUAAGACAGGAGCUAGACGAAACAAAAACCAUUAAGGAAGAGGAAGUAAGCAAGCUGAGAUGUGAGGUAUUGUCAUGGCGGUCGCAGAAAGAAGCCGGUACGAUGCGUUUGCGACAGUUACAAAAGGACUUGCAACGCUCACAGCAUCGAUACAUACAUCUGGCUGAUCACUACAAGGAAAUAUCCAGCUUUGCCCAAGAGCUUCAAACUCAGUUAAAAGAAGCACAGACCCGCGGAGCCAAACUAUGUGGAGAAGCAAGACAUCUUGUUUGCGCUGUCAGACAUAGCCUAAAGAGACAGAGGAAUAGACAAAGAGAACAGAAUGAAAGGAUAAAAGAACAGGAGACCAUCAUUCAGGCUCUUCAGGAUUCGGAUACGGAGAGUGCUUUAUUGACUGAACCAUGUUGUUCAAAGUACUUAUCAAGUGCAACCAGUUCCAAAAGGGACAGAAAUAGAAGUGUAAGCGAGACAGCAUCAACACCACCGCGACGGCUACAGAAUAAGACAUCUGUAGACGAAAACGACUGGGUCCAUGCCAACAUUCGGAAUGCGGGUGUACAACAGCCAACGCUUAGUUCCUGUGGGACAGGCACAGAUUCAAAACGCCCAGUUCGAGUAUGUAGCUUACGGAACAAUGGCGAAGUAUACCCAACUGAAGAGUUACUAGAGCGAGUGGAACGCGCACAUGAAGCUUUAUCGCAGGCGCAACGACGAUGGUGUCAUCGGGCACCAAAAUGACCAACGUUGGCAGACCUUAAUAAUUUCUAUAAAACCUAGCACAUCGUUGUGCGUUACUGGUUUUUAGCUCUUGCGACUUUCCAGCAAGCAAAAUGUUUGCCUACUUGAGACGAGGGAAUGUAAGACUGACCCCUCCCAGUUGAGAGUACGAACGGAAGAUGAGGAUGACUGAUAUUUAAAAUCAGAUAUAUUUGACCUUUAACUUGAUUGUGUUUUUAUAUUUCAUGAAAUUUUUAAGCAGACGCCUCAUACGUUUAUAAACUUUGUAACUAUGUGAAAGUGAGGGUAUUUGCUAAUUACGGGUCUAAAAUGUUUUUAAUAUAGGUGAAUUUAUUUAUGUAAGAUAUCCUUUGUUAGUCUUACAUGUGUUUGUUUAAAAUUUCGAUG